AUGGCCAUGGCCAGCGACGAUGAGGAGUCUCGAUAUAACUACCGUCUUGCAAAGCCGCUUCCUUUUGAACUGCGCCAGCAUUGCGGGAUAUAUUUUGAGGAGAAGCUUUAUUCCCAGGCCCUAAGUCUUUUGUUGAAUAUCCUGACCUGCGGAACGGUCGCCUCAAGCCCGGCUUUUGUGCCCUCGCCUCAGCAUCUGGCCCUCGCGGCCACGCUUCUUGUUCAUCCGUCCACUACCACGCGGGCCAAGACGACAGAAGAGCAAGAGGCUGCGAAUGCAGCGCUACAGCUCCUGCGCUUGACAAAUACUCUGGUUGGACCAGUAGCGGCGAAAUUCGAUGUCGCUUUCACGUUCACCCACUUUGAUUCGUCGCGCCAUGGAGGCCGUCGCCGUGCUGACGAUAGUGGAACGGCUAGCGGCGUCCGAGACGACGAAAAUGCCCCCCUAAAUCUUGACCUGGGGCAGUCAGGCUCUCUGUGGUCUCGGGCGGAAGACUUUUGGCACGCUGUGGGGUGGGCGUUCAACUGCUCGGUUUUGCACCCGAACCGUUGGGAGAGAUGGCAGCUUUGGCUCGAAUUCAUGUGCGAGGCACUGGAAGAUGAUUGGAGCGAGCGCAAAAGGCAGCUCGAGGAUCUGGGGGAGAGCUCACAGCCUGGUACUCCCAGCAAGCGACGUGAAGCGAUCCUCAAGCAGAGCUUGAUAUUCAAAUUCUUGACUAGCAACACGACCUACGGACGGAAUCGCAGGAUCCUACGAGCCAUAUUUGCCAACGGAAGCCCGACGUCCGUCAAUGAGUUUCGCGAGGUGUUCAAAAACGAGUUGAAAGAGCUUAAACGCGAGGAAGAUGGGAAGCUCAAGAAGAGGGAAGUGGAUGUGAAUAUUGAUGAAGGCCAAUACGGCGAUUACAUGUCCCUGGACGAGGAGGAAUCCGACGAAGUGGAGAUGACGAGGACUCGUCCGAAACGAGCGAGAAGAGGAGCCAAACGGGGUGAGUCUGCUGCGCGGACAGCGGAGAACGAUUCAUAUGAGCUUCCUGACAGUAUCUAUGCGGACGGAGGCGUAGCGUCUCUCGGAGGCUUCAAGUCUCUUGCCCUGCGUCAGCGUCUUCUCCACCUUCUGUCAGAAGUAUCCCAAUAUCUUCCAGAUGCCUUCAUUCGGCUCGAGGAAUUGUAUCAUUUAUUUGUAGAGAACAUUCGCCAUCUACCACUGCCCAUCUUCCAGGCCUUUGUGGCCCCAUCUGCCCUUUCCUAUUUCACGGCCGCCGAACAGAGCUCCCUGUGCGAAAUUCUUCUGUACCGCAUGCGCGAAAGCGCCGCCCCAGAAUCCGACGAAGCAUAUCUGAGCCAGAAGAAGCUUGAAGAGUGUUUCUUACCGUACGCCGCGAACACCGCAAGCGUGGUCGACAACGCCAAGGUGUCCAUCCUCCUCGAAUCCUUACUGCGGCUCUUGGCCGAGGAUAAUCUGCUUCGCAACACGCCCGAGCUGAGACAGGCCGUGACGGAGGGGAUCCUGGCUCGGAACGAAAAGGCUCAGGUCGAAGUGCGACGGAGUCAGAACAGCCGGCGGAUGGAGGACAUUGAGUGGUGCUGGCUCAUCGAAAGCGGCGAACGGCUGCUGUUUCUGGUUGAGGAUAUUCUUCCUCAGGAGCAAGACUCGGCGCCGCAAAGCUGA